UAGAAGGAAACCCACAGGCAAAAAACACAUCACAAAAAUCCGUGCAGGUUGGCUGCAGCUCGGUCUUCGCAAGCGGGGCUUUCCAUCGAUCGGUAUCUUUCCCGGCCUGUUCGCCUUCAAAAUCAGGGCGAACCUAAUCCUCCACGGUUAUCACUUCGUGCCAUAGGGAUUGCUGCGUAGCAAGCAUCUGAUUGAGGAUCGCGCCGCGAAACAAGCCGUAAGGACGAACAUCGAUUAGCGACAUCACACUCGGGAGUUGUUUUGGCGUAUUCUACUCGAUUUUAAAAUAGAAAAUGACCCGUGGAAACCAGCGCGAAUUGGCCCGAGCAAAGAACCAGAAAAAGAAUGCCGAUAAACCGAAACAACGUGAAGAUGGACUGUCCCAUGAGCAACGAAAACAGCGCGACGCUGAUAUCAUGCGACAAAAGCAACAGAAAAAAGAAGGAGGAGCACCGGUUGGGGCCGAUAUGAAGAGUUAAUACUCGUGCCGGUACGAUCGCAGCAGCAGCGCCAAACGCACUCCAUAUAGUACAUCCUUCUCUCGAGCAGCAAACCAAUCUAAUCACCGAUGCACCGAUUGUAACGACUGCCCUUGCGUAGCCACUAUCGUACCACCGUCAGCAGCAUGUGCCGACCGCGAAUCGCAACCACAGCCAACGUUCAAGCCAAUCUGAACCGCAAAUGGUGUUCUACCUCCGCGGAGUUUGUCACCACCGACGUAGCUCGGUUGACGUGCGUCUUUUAACUCGUUUCUUCCAACCCAAUGUAACCGUUCAACACUAGUGGGAAAAGCUCUGCCAGCAUUGCUUUAGAUUAUGUUACGCCAAGAGCGCGCACACUGUGCUGCGAUGGAGUGCGUGCAAAAUGGAGCUGCAGCCUUCGAACUAACGCUUAAGGAUCGUAUGGUUUGUACAUUCUGUGGUGUUUUAGGGAGCGUCAGCAGACGUUUCAUUGUUUGUCGCCCGAUUGCAACGUUCAUUUGAAGCACUAGCGCGCAGUCCAUAGCAGUAAUGAUCCAAAACCAACCUCGUUAAAGCAAUAGCAGCAACCUCAGCGAGCUCAAGAUAGGUCGAGAAACAAUAAGCUAAUUGUAAACAGCAGCGAACGUUUAACGGAUGUGUUUCAAGUAUUGUUAAAAUUAAACGAUUAAGUAGAAAGCAAGCAUUACUGAUGAUUGAGAAGCAGACUUGCUAUUAACGGUGCGCGAACAGUGCAGGAUCGACGGGUGGGAGGGUUCAUAACAGCAGAAGUUUGUUUUAUUCUUGGCAUACCCUCAAACAUGUAAGGACGGUGGAUCACGGUUAUGGGUACAUCCGCGGCAUGUCCAUACUUUUUUUGCUUCUGUUUGUUGCGUUGAAAAAGUUCAUCCGUUUGCUGGGCACCAGCACAAGCCAUUUCCUACGCGCCGUUUCGUGUAAAACGCCAUAAAUGCCAUGGACAAAUAAGAGACCCAUCUUCUUGCAGCAGAAGACUCGAUGGCCAAUGUUUGUGACAAAGUAAAACGCUCAAAUAUUACCAAUAUCGCAAUACCUAUAUGAAUGAUUCAUCUACACCGAAAAGGACGAUCGAGUUGAAGGCAUUUGCGUCUUAAACCACUGGUAGGAAUACUUUGCUGCUCACUUAGAAUAAAAAAAGUCAGCAAGAAAGGAGUGCUGUGUCGAGCACGCGAAAAAAUUAAAUAAUAUUUAUGUAUGUAAGUUCAAUUUUAUCCACUUGUAUUGAGCACACUGUUUUAUAAUUAUUUUUAAUUAAAGCAACACCCUACUUCAGCUCUGAAAACAAGAGAAAAACUAGAAUGGCAUGCCUGCUAUGUAGUUGGUCGUUCACAGGUUCCCGUUUCAUUGAAUAUUACUACCCUUACCCGGAAGUAGCAAUUGUCCAGACUACCGCGGGACAAAUAGACAUAAGCGCAAAUAUACCACCAUGAUGAAAACA